GAGUGAUUCAUUUUAGGCAAUUCAACUCUGAAAUGACAAAAUAUAUCAAAUUAGUCCACAGUCAAUAUAUACAGAGCCUUUUAAGACUUAGCUACUAAAAUAAAACUAUUUAAAAAGCUGGUCAGAUUCGGGCCUAACUGUGCAGUGUGUGUUAUUAUACUUAUGACCCAAAUUCCUAAAAUGUAUGGAGGGACAUGAAUAGUCAAAAACACUCACAUGAACAUUCACAGCGAAAGCACGUAAAAUCAACACUCACUACCCGGUCAGUUGUGCACCUGCCAAUGUGCUGGUUUACACUUUACUUCAAAAGCCUGCUGAAUGACGCAAAUGUAAGGCUUUAUUACGUUUCAACAGAUAUAGCUGGGGGGCAGUGAAAAUUGCGUCACAAGAGGGAUGCAAAUGCACAAUUGCUCAUCUACCAUUCUUGAUUAAAUCGGUCUCAGAAAUACAGUGACCAUUUUCAUGACAUGAGCUAUCUGGAUUCAACUCGGAAGGGAUCCUUAAAGUCAUUAUACAGGCCUAUUUGCUUUUAGAAGACAUGCUAAAGUUAAAAUGAACGGAGUUUCUAAUCUGCAGGGCUAAACUUUGGCCCCAGUGACUGUCGCUGCGGGGGGUGCAAGUGGCUAUUGUGACGUUGCUCGUAGCAACAAGGUCAGUGUUGGAGUUACGCGCACGGAUGCAUUUCCCAUCGAGAUUUAUCACCCGAGGAGACGCACUGUAAUGGGCUAUCGGCGGGGGAGAAUCUGGAAGGCGGAGGAUUGAACUGAAACAACUCUGGGUUUCUUUUCUAUCUUUAAAAAAAAUAUAUUUUGCUCUAAUUGUCAUGAUGACCGACUUGUUGUCCGUGGUGUCGGAGGCGGAGAGGAAGUCCUUUCCAACCCUCUCUCAGCUCUCAGAAAACGACGUUGACAGCAUUUGGUCAAACGUGUCAUCUUUCGUGGAGCGACAGAUGACCUUGCAAAAGGGGGUCUACAUCGCAGGCCUGGGAACCUUCACCUUCUCUCAGCAGAAGCUGGACGUAGGCAACAAGUUUGUUUUGAUUCAGCGACCAAUCUUCCUGCUCUCUGAGAAGCUGUCCCAGUCACACGGCCUCAAGCAGGUCAAACCGCUGUCUGCAGCAGGGGACGUGCCACUGGUCCAGCUCAACUUCACAGCCCUGUCUGUGGAGAGCCCGUUUGAGCGUCACGUGGUGGAGGGCUGUGUGAGAGAGACUCUGCUGGUGUUGCUGAGAGCCGUGGCCACCGGACGCUCAGUCCUCUUCACCUUCCACGCCAUCGGAGAGCUGUUGUUCUGCCAGAGCAAAGUCAAGAUGAAGUUCUACCACGACUUUGUCACCGCCCUGGACGGCAGCGGGAAGCUGCUCUUGGCGCUCUCCAAUAGACCUGGCACCAGCAACUCUGUCCUGUUUGGGAGAUCCAGCAUACCAGGGACCAGCAACACCAUCAUCCUCCCCAGAAUCUCUUCUGAACAGCGGGGGAAGGACUGGGGAGAGGAGGCCCUGGCCCAGGUCCAGACAGACUCAGACAGGAAGGAGGAGAAUAGAGAGUCCCUGAUGACUCCGCGGUGCAGAUCUAGACACACCCUGCACCCAGCCAAGGUCAACGGGAUCAGUCUCACUGAUGACCUGGAGCCCAGACCUCCAGCAGAGACCAACACUGACAGGUCCACAGUGUCUAUCCUACCACUGGAGGGCACUGCUUUGAAGGAGGGGAAGGUGAAGAGGGGGGACUCUCACCUGGACAUGCGCUGUGUCAACCACAACAGGGCUGGACAGGAGUUGUGUUACCUGUGCAUGCAGCGGGCCCAGCGUAACAUCCCCUAUUACCUGGCAGAGGAGAGGCUGAGGGAACAGCAGGAGGAAGAGAGGGUGUUACUGUUCAACGAGCAGCGCAGAGACCAGUACUACCUACAGAGGGAGCAGGAGGACCGUCUGGAGAUACGUGAGAACAACCAGAAGGUGGCAGCGUUCAACCUGGCAGUGUCUGAAGCCAUGAAGGAGAAGAAGGUUGCUCGCUCCUCCCACUUCCAUGGUUCGUACAUCUUCAGGGGCCGUCCCCUCACCCCUCCCAGGGUCCAUAAGCAGCACGGCUACAUGCAGGAUCUGCGGGCCCAGGCGGAGUGGAGGAAGGGCCAGGUCAGCCAGACUCAGCAGGACCAGGAGCUUAUUGACCUGCUACAACAAGUCCAGCUGGCACAGGAAAUCGCCUUGCAUAAGUCCCAGCAGCUCCACCUGAAACAGAAGAACACUAGCUGCUACAAGAAAGCCCUGGAUACACAGGUGGAAACAGGAAAGGGCAAGCCGCAGAAAGCCAAGGGAGAUAGGAGAGUGAUGUUCCCGCCCAUCCAGGGACAGACAGCACCAGGAGAUGACUCAGAGCAGGUGAAGUACCAGGGCUCGGGCCUCCCAGCGCGCCUGCCCGACUCAGACGGCCCUGUGUUUGGCCAGCUGGACUGCACCCCUGCUGGGCUGUCAGAGCAGAGGCAGCGGGCGGAGAAGGUCUACCAGGAACAGCUGACCACGGCUAAUAACAAGAGAAAAGAGCUGCUCCUUAACCGCAGCACCAAACAGAAGAACGAGAGAGAGAUGCUCAACAGGAACAGGAAGGAACUGAUAAACGACCACAUCAACCGCUUUGAGAAGCUGCGUAAUCUGCGGGCCUCGUUGGAGGAGACCUGGAGACGCAGCGCCGACCUGAAACGCCACCGAGACAGAGAGGAGAAGGAAUUCAUCAGGUCUGGGAGCAGUCUGCUGAUUGACCAGUGUGAGCAGUACCGCCGCUGUUACCAGUGCAAGAGGAAAACAGAGAACUGUGGAGAGACAAACAUCUGGAAAGAGUCUCACUACAUCCCUGGCUCUCGCCUCAUGGUGUAGACCACUGAAACCUGGUCUCAGAGCAAACGUAUCCAUGCCACUCCAUUUAGUAUGAUAUGUUACUUUACAUUAGAUUACAUUACAUUGGCUUAAUAACAUAAUUGCGGUCGUACAAUAUAAUACAAAUUGUAUGACGUAUCCUACGUCUUGAUCGCACCAGUAUCCUUUGACCUGUUUAGUAUGAUAUAUCACACUCGACUGCUUUAGCAUGAUAUAUCACACUCGACUGCUUUAGCAUGAUAUAUCACACUCAACUGCUUUAGUAUGAUAUAUCACACUCGACUGCUUUAGUAUGAUAUAUCACACUCGACUGCUUUAGCAUGAUAUAUCACACUCAACUGCUUUAGCAUGAUAUAUCACAUUCAACUGCUUUAGUAUGAUAUAUCACACUCAACUGCUUUAGUAUGAUAUAUCACACUCGACUGCUUUAGUAUGAUAUAUCACACUCGACUGCUUUAGUAUGAUAUAUCACACUCGACUGCUUUAGUAUGAUAUAUCACACUCGACUGCUUUAGUAUGAUAUAUCACACUAAACUGCUUUAGUAUGAUAUAUCACAUUCAACUGCUUUAGUAUGAUAUAUCACACUCGACUGCUUUAGUAUGAUUUAUCACACUCGACUGCUUUAGUAUGAUAUAUCACACUCGACUGCUUUAGUAUGAUAUAUCACACUCAACUGCUUUAGCAUGAUAUAUCACACUCAACUGCUUUAGUAUGAUAUAUCACACUCGACUGCUUUAGUAUGAUAUAUCACACUCGACUGCUUUAGUAUGAUAUAUCACAUUCAACUGCUUUAGUAUGAUAUAUCACACUCGA